AUGCAUUUAAACACAUGCGACUACGCUCUAACAGAUUGUGACAACGUAUGUACAAAGAACGGCAGUAGGGUAAAACUUUAUAGAAAGGAUAAACAAGACCACCUCACUAACCACUGCCCGAGACGCCAGUACCGGUGUCCACACUGCGAGGAAAUGGGGGAACACCAGGAGAGGACCAGCACCCACCUCAAGACUUGCCAACAAUUUAGUGUGCCCUGCCCCAAUGCCGGAAUUUACAAGUGUAGAGCUAGUAUUCCACGUUAUCAAGUCCUCGCCCAUAGAUCCACCUGCCAGUAUGAGUGUGUGCCCUGUAAGUACGCUGAGGUUGGGUGUAAAGAGAAACCUCAACGCAAAGACCUCAGGAAACACGAGGAAAACGAUCAGCUUCACCUGAGAGCCACAAUUGCCAAAGUUCUGGAGUUGACACAGCAACUAAAUGAAAAUGUGGAGCAAUUAACAUUUAGAAUGGAUGAUUUCCCACAGCACAAAAAUGGCAGAACUACAUUCUAUAGUGGUUUACUCUGCACAUCUCACAAAGGAUAUAAAUUUCUGAUUCGUGUUCAUGCAGGUGGAUUUGGCUCUGGAGAAGGCACCCACAUUUCCAUCUACGCCUGCCUAAUGAAAGGAGAUCACGACGAUGCCCUUGUAUGGCCAUUUCUAGGAAAAGUCACUUUCGAGUUGCUUAAUCAGAUGGAAGACAAGAACCAUCACAAAGCAAAUAUACAAUUCCUUAACAAUGAGUCAAGUCAGAGAGUGGUGGAAACUAAAUGGGGUGAUAUUGGAUGGGGCAAAGCAAAGUUCAUUGCACACGCAGACCUCAUAUACAAUCCCGACAAGAAUUAUCAGUACCUGAAAGACGAUGCUGUAAUAUUUCGAGUUUCAGUGUUACCACCAAACUACAAGCCAUGGCUACAGUGUAACCAUGCGUGGAGAAGGCUGAAAACAAGCAAAAUGCGACUUUCCACUUUCCUCUCUGAGCUUCAGAGACCUGGGGGUGGGUAUUACCAAGUACUUGGUGGCAUUGCAAUCAGAGUUUAUGACAGAGAAGGUCACAGUGAAUUAACAGCUUACUACUAUUUGAAUAAAAUUCUAUAUUAUUAUCACUGCAGAACUCAAUACUAUAUAUACAUUGUAUUACACUGUGUACAUGGCUGGUUGGAUAACAUGUUGUUUUUAAUGAACAUUUAAUUUUA